AUUGACCCAGAUCAUUUGCUAGACAACCAACAUAUCAAAUAUUAAAUAUUUAUCACAUCAAGUUAGAAUUUAGAAGAUGUAACUAUUUUUGAACCCAUAUUCUGUUUCAAAGAAGGCAAUGAUUAUAACGAGUUAAAAACCUGUUUUUAUCUUUCAACUAUGGGCUCAAGAUUUCGAUGCAUUUUUUUGUGUUGAUGCAAACCUUUUUGCUACUGAAACUGCAGCGGUCCAUGUUUAGAUUUUAAUCUAUACAGAAAAUCCAUGAAUUUCUAAAAUCUAAAAAAAAACUAAAAAUCAAAGCGAUGUCUCUUGAAAUUAUGGAUCUAUUGGGUUCGGUUCUGGACAGUAACUAUAUCACCGACAGCCCCGAACAUUCCAAUUCGUCAACGACUCCGAACUACGGCUGGUCAAUUUUCGCCGACAUCGACCCUCAACUUCGGGAGGUGAAUUCAAUCGUCUCGGGUGUUCUCGGCCUCGCGGGACUCAUUUUCAACACGAUUACUCUAAUCGUACUUUUGGACCGAAACCUCCGAGGGAAGAAAAAAUAUAAACUCAUAGUUUCACUUACAAUUGUCGACUUGUUGUCCUGUAUUAGUGCCGUGUUUUAUGCUAAUUGCAACCCGAACUGGUCAGUUCCGGAGGGGUUCCUGGGCCAGUUUCUGUGCAAGGUGAUUUUCAGUCGUUUUCUGUAUUAUGUCCUGUCGGCUGUUAGUGCGUGGCACUUAGUAAUGAUAAGCGUGGAGAGAUAUGUGUUUGUCUUGCAUACAGAUUGGUACGACCAUUACUUCACCACGCUUCUGAACACCCUCCUGAUUCUCCUCUGCUGGUUGAUUGGCAUUGGGACUAUGAGCUACGAUCUAGUUCUAUUCAGUCGCUAUCACACCACUUGUCAGUUCAAAUGGCCUUCAGAUCUCGCUAAGACUUCUUCUGGUGUGGAGGAGGCGGUGGUUAUGGUGCUGCUUCCCGUGGUGAUCAUGACUGUGCUGUACCUCAGAGUGUACAUGCGGGUGAGGGAGUUCAACGCCCUCUUCAACGCCAAGUCCCCCACCCCCCAACCCACAUUCGGGUUCCUCAGACAGCAGACUAUACGUAUCGACUCCAACGAGACCAGAGUAUCGAGCCUGCUGCUGAUUCUGGUCUACAUAGUCUGCUGGGCGCCCAAUGAGAUCCUGUUUGCGGGCUAUGGACUGGGUUUGAUAGGGGAUGAUGACAGUGAGGAGGAUGACAUAUUUACACGUGUACCAUUCUACAUCACCCAGAUACUCAUCAACCUCAGCGCUGUUUGCAACCCAAUUCUAUACGCCUGUUCCUUCAAAGAGUUCCGCUCGCUUCUCAAGAUGAAAGUGAAAAGAAGCCCCCAAUCAAUUUUAAAUUUCUGCUGCUGUAGAAUAGGCCGAGCGAGUAACUCGGAUGCCGCCGAUUCCGAAAUCAGAGUCUACCGAGUGACCAGUUUGAACGACUCGGCAAACCCAAACCGAGAACAAUUUUAUAAUGACCAGAGUAAAAUUUCAAUCCCGCAAGAUUCUCAGUUUGAUGAUUAUAACGAUAACUAUGGCAGGGAAACCGAUACAGGAACCCUUAUGUAAAAACGGCAGUUUGAAAAUAUGACCAUAUUGUUCACAGCAGGAAAAAAGUGAUAUUGAAGAUUUAUAACCAAAGGGGCGGAUCUAAGCUUUUCUCGAGGGGUGAGGGUGGCUUUUUAAAAAAAUCAAAAAUUUUGUCGUCAUGUUUUUCUUGGUCAAACAAAUUUUCAAAAAAAAACAGGGUAAAAUUUUCAAAAACAGGCCUAAUUU